AUGUUUGAGUUCGAUGAGCUGGAAGCCGCUCUGCCCUUUGAGGCCAUCGCUGUCUUCGGGGCUGGAUCCGAUGAGGUGAACGGUCUCUAUGAAGAUACCAAAGUGAAAGCCCAUGGUACGCCAAUCUUCAGGCACGUGGUGCUGAGCACCACCCUGCUAGCUCGCGAGCCGCAGGGUUGUAGAACUGGCUGGCUGAUCGGUGUGAAUCGCCGUCCCUACUACGGUAUCCGCACAGACAGCGAGCGCUGCCCUGCUGUGGGCUGGAGGCCCUUCAAGGCGGGGCUGUCCUGUCGGCACGAAUGA